AUGUUCCGCAUCUGCACCUUGUUCCGCAUCUGCAUCGUGUUCCCCAUAUGCACCUUGUUCCGCAUCUGCACCGUGUUCCGCAUCUGCAUCGUGUUCCGCAUCUGCAUCGUGUUCCGCAUCUGCAACUUGUUCCGCAUCUGCACCGUGUUCCGCAUCUGCAUCGUGUUCCGCAUCUGCAUCGUGUUCCACAUCUACACCUUGUUCCACAUCUGCACCGUGUUCCGCAUCUGCAUCGUGUUCCGCAUCUGCACCUUGUUCCGCAUCUGCAUCGUCUUCCGCAUCUGCAUCGUGUUCCGCAUCUGCACCUUGUUCCGCAUCUGCACCGUGUUCCGCAUCUGCAUCGUGUUCCGCAACUGCACCUUCUUCCGCAUCUGCAACGUGUUCCGCAUCUACAUCAUGUCUCUCAAGGCCACAGCUAUCGAUUCCCCUCUUUGCGUUGUCGCUACCCCUUCUCUUGCCCCCCCUUCCUCCCCCUCCCCCCCCAACCCCCCAUGUCCCCACUUCCUUCAUGAACUACGGCGUUUCAGGUCUCUCAAGGCCACAGCCAUCGAUUCCUCUCUUCGCAUUGUCGCCACCGAAUCUCUCCAGUAUGACACGACCCUCCCUCACUACCGAACCUCCGGAGGCGUGCACCGAGCCUCCGCUGAACCUGACUCCCAAGCCUCCUCGUCAGGCUCGGCGCUUAGAGUCACCGCACCACCCGCCAUGUGGGUGGAAGCGUUUGAUGUGAUUCUAUCGAGGUUGAAAGAAGCUGAUUUCCCAUUUGAUAAAGUCCGGGCAGUUUCAGGCAGCGGGCAGCAGCACGGGAGUGUUUAUUGGCGGAGAGGAUCCCAGGCACGGCUUAGAAACCUUCGUUCUGACCAGACUCUUUUUGCUCAGUUAUGUGGGGAUGAGAGAAACAGGGAAAGGGAAAACAGCGGGAUUCAGAAGCAAGGGUCGCACUCAAAGGGGUUCAGCUCAAAUGAUUCAGUACAAGGUGAUUCGUUUCAAGGCAAUGCAUCAUUGCAGCAGAGUGUAUUUUCGAUAUUAGAUUCCCCUAUCUGGAUGGACAGCAGCACAGCAGCCCAAUGUAGGGAAAUCGAAUCAGCUCUUGGCGGACCUGCAGCUUUGGCUCGGCUGACAGGCUCCCGAGCCUACGAGCGGUUCACCGGGCCUCAGGUUCGGCGGGUGUGGCAGCAUCAGGCUCGGGAGUAUGAUGUCACCGAGAGGAUUUCGCUAGUGAGCUCGUUUGGCGCGUCGCUAUUGGUCGGGGAUUACGCUCCCAUUGAUGCUGCUGACGGCGCUGGGAUGAAUCUGAUGGAUCUGCGGACGAGAGAGUGGGCUGACGUCGCACUCGAGGCCACUGCGCCGAACCUGCGAGAGAGGCUCGGCGAGGUGGUUCCGUCCCACCAAGUGGUUGGCAAUGUGCAUCAAUACUAUGUUGACAGGUUUGGCUUCUCUCCAAGCUGCCAGGUCGUGGCAUGGUCAGGGGACAACCCGUGCAGCCUUGCAGGUUUGGCGCUGGGAGGUUCGGGCGAUGUGGGCAUCAGCCUCGGAACGAGUGACACUGUCUUUGCAGUGGUGCUAGACCCUCAGCCCGGGCUAGAGGGCCACGUGUUUCCCAACCCUGUGGAUCCAUCCUCGUUUAUGGCCAUGAUCUGUUAUAAGAACGGAUCACUCACUCGACAAGCCAUGAGGGACCGCUGUGCAGGAGGGUCGUGGGACGCAUUCUGCCAGCUGCUGAAUGAGGCUCCUGCUUUGAAUGGUGGGCGCAUGGGCUUCUACUAUCUUGACCCUGAGAUCAUCCCUCCACUACCAGUGGGAACCCAUCGCUUUUCACCAAGGGAGGGUGCGGCCGUAGGCGACCCGCUCACUCGCAUCUCCCCUGCCCAAACCUUUGAACCGCCACAAGAGGGUAGUGGUGGAAGGGCAGUUGGUGUCCGUGAGGAGGCAUGCGGAGAGAAUCGGGCUGCAAAACCUACACUCUCUGCUCCUCUAUGUUUUCACCUAUCAUCCUUCACUUUCUGUCACUCACAGAUCAGGGCAUUAGUGGAAGGACAGUUGGUGUCAAUGAGAGGGCAUGCGGAGAGAAUCGGGCUGCAGAGCCCACCUGCCCGGAUCAUUGCCACGGGGGGCGGCUCAGCCAAUGAGGCGAUCCUGCGCACCAUGGCGAAUCGGAUGAAGUCACCUCCUCCCCUUCACCCCUCCCGACUUCACUCCGCGGGAGCAGCACUACGAGCAGCACGCAGCUUCCUCUCCCUUCCCAUGCCACCCUCUCAUCGCUCUGUUCCUCUGUAUGCCCCCACCGUUCUUCCAGACGCUUCCUCGUUGGGAGCAGCACUGAGUGCAGCACACGGCUACAUCUGCCUUCCUAUGCCACCCUCUCGUCGCUCUCUCUCCCAUAUGCCCUUCAACCUGCCUCCCACCCUUCUUCCUCUCUCCCCUCCAGACUCCGCCUCAUUGGGAGCAGCACUGAGUGCAGCACACGGCACGGCUAUUUUUGUCACACCCAAGGCUCCUUUUCAACUCUCCCACUCUGCCUCGUUGGGAGCAGCGCUAAGAGCAGCACACGGCUACCUCCGCCACGCCCAAAGUCCAUCGUCUCUCUCCCCCCUCUCUCUGCUCAUUCCGCUCCUCCUUGCUUCCUUCCUUCCUCUCCCUUCCCAUCUCCUCCCAUGUCUUUCCAUCUCGUUCCCCCUCUUCCAGACUCUGCCUCGUUGGGAGCAGCACUGA